AAAAUUUAUGAAGCGCCGCGUCGAUUCCAAGUGCAUAAGCUGUCAAGCUCAUUUCCGCUUGUCGCUGUUCGUUCUCUUUUCAUUGUCGAGUCUUGACAAAGCAACACGCAUUGUGGACGAGCUAAGGUGCUAACGUCCGCCCGGCAACAUCAUGGUAAACCAUCGUAUUCCGUCGGUCUUCUCCAAGACCUAUGUGACCCCGCGUCGUCCGUUCGAAAAGCCGCGUCUCGAUGCGGAAUUGAAGAUCAUCGGCCAGUACGGUCUGCGCAACAAGCGUGAGGUCUGGCGUGUCAAGUACACUCUGGCCAAGAUCCGUAAGGCGGCCCGAGAGCUGCUUACCCUCGAGGAGAAGGACGAGAAGCGUCUCUUCCAAGGUAAUGCUCUGCUGCGUCGUCUGGUUCGUAUCGGAGUGCUGGAUGAAUCCCGCAUGAAGCUCGAUUACGUUCUCGGUCUGAAGAUCGAAGAUUUCCUGGAGCGCCGUCUGCAGACUCAGGUCUUCAAGCUUGGAUUGGCCAAGUCCUACCAUCAUGCUCGCGUCCUGAUCCGCCAAAGACACAUUCGCGUUCGCAAGCAGGUCGUGAACAUCCCGUCGUUCAUCGUCCGGUUGGAUUCCCAGAAGCACAUCGACUUCUCGCUCAAGUCGCCCUUCGGUGGUGGCCGUCCUGGUCGCGUCAAGAGGAAGAACAUGAAGAAGGGCCAGGGUGGCAGCGGUGGUGCUGAUGAGGAGGAAGAAGAUUAAGCCACUCGCUUUUCGAUGUACAGAUAAAACACCGAUUCGGAAUGUCUAGGCCGUUUUGUCAUUGUCUAGUGUGGCAAACAAGGUUGCCGGCAACUACCGCAGAAGCCGGAUGUUCGGUUGGUGUUUUUAUUCGGAUAAGGAAAAAUUUAAAAUAAAAACUUUUAUUGUCAAAAGUUAA